AUGGCGGUUCCACUGACAGAGUCCAAGGCCGUGUUCUUGGAAAGAUGUGAGACGGCCGGAUUGCCGACACCAAUUCGGGAUAUCUUGGUUGGGAAGAAUCUCAGCACUUUGGCAAGUCUUGCGUUCGCAGCGGGACAGCGUGGGGAAACACCGAGUGAUGCAGCACUCACCGGCUUGGCGAGGGCAGGGACUGAGGAAGUUCCAAUUGCGACCCUCGCAUCCUUGAGGCGGCUAGUGUUUGAAGCGCAGCUCCUCAUGACGGCACAGGUGAAGAUGUUGAUCGAGCACCGGGCCGAUGACCAGAAGGCGGAGUUAGCGACUGCAGAAAGAUCCGAGCGAAUCCAGAAGCAGAGCGAGCGCUUGGCCGGUGUUGCACUCCGCAACGAGUCCGAGUGUUCUUACGGGUCAUACGAUUUGGUGAUGAAGAUGGUCCAAGAGAACUGCGCCGAGCUUCGCCUAGAGAAACCUCGGAAGGAGCUUGACGUGGUCAACUCGAAGAUGACCUUGAAGGAUCAGACGGUGGAUCUUCAAUGCCAGCUGCACACGCCGCUCUGCCUUCAUCAUGCUCUCCAUCGUCGGGCGCUUGCAAUGGAUCUUGUUGGGGUAGCCAGCUACAGUGUCAGCAUGGAGUUUCACGAGCACUUGAUGUCACACCUUACCAUGGAACCACCGCCUGGCUAUCAUCAGGUUACACUGCAUCAAGUUUUAGCAGCCGACCGAGCUGCUUGGUUGCGACUUGCUGAGAAGCUCCCUAAAGGGCUUCGCGCUGUUCCCGAUGGUAAACUCCCGUUGGACGUCGAGCUCCCAAAAUUGCAGGGCGACCCGAAGGCGGCUUUUCAUCUCUUACCAUUAGGACCUCCUACGUUGUCAUCCGGGAAGCGGUCGCUGGAAGGCGACCAGGGCAACGAUGCGAAGAUCCAAAGAACUGGAGGCAAGGGCAAGGGGAAGGGCAAAACCAAGACCAAAGCCACUCCUAAGUCGAUGUCUGUAUCCCUUAAAGAUAAGUGGUCGCGAACCAAACGCGGUGUGCCGAUCUGUUGGGCCUUCAACACGGAGGAGGGCUGCAGUGCAGCCCCUGCUGGAGGCAGAUGCCCACGAGGUGUUCACCUGUGUGCUGAGCCUAAUUGUCAGAAGCCCCACUCGACUCAACCGUUCGAAAGUUGCCAGUGGGCGAACACUUCAGAACGCAGGUUGUGA